AUGACCAGUGAAUGGAGCAAGACCAUCUACCGGUCAGACGAAGCCGCUUCGCCGAUGGGUUGCAUCCAGCAGUACCAAUAUUGCAAUGCAGAGCACAAAUGUGGAGAGCUCGCAAGCUUCUACGAUGCUAUGAUAACAGCGGCGCCAUUCCUUGGUACUCCCCUGGAUCAGCUUAAAGGUUACGUCAAUGCUUCAGGUCGGACGUCGUCCCAGUUUAUCUGGUUCGAAAGGAUAAUGUACUCCGGCUACGAUCUUGCAUCAUUGAUCAAAAUCAUGCGUACUUCAGCGCUUGCUUCCCGUAGCAGUUAUGCGAUGGGCACUUUUGGCCAGAUUCCCAACAACCAAUGGAAACUUGACGUCACUCACUGGUGGACGGCGCUGCUGGCAGCAAAGCAGACAGCCUUUGUGAGCGUGGCUCGUGGUCCGAGAAACCCAUUAUUGCUUCAGUCUACGGGCUAUCCCGAGAACGAGUAUAUGAAACAAUUAUGCCACAGCCAGAAAGUUCGCAGCACCAAAUACACCUCGUUCAGUCUCUUUGGGUUGUACUUCACCUUCACGACCGGAGCUUUUAUAAUGUUAAUAUCCUACCUUCUCGAGCCAAUCUUCCAAUAUCUGGCACGUCGGCACAAAUACGAAGAGUACAAAUACAUUGAGUGGACCGGCGACGAAACUCUCCAGCUACAGCGCAUGGCGUACCAAGGCCUGGGCUCGGAAGCAUGGUCAGGAUACACAGACUCUGUACCCAAGACUCGGCCAGGAUAUUUCCUGGCGGAUCUACACCUUGCGUACUCGCACGACGAAAACAAAGAGGUUGUAUCAGAUGUACAGAGAAGCGCACAACCCGCCAAUACCCAGUACUACCAUGCGGACCUCUUCAACCUCAGAUUGGGUAGCACUUCCGGAGGUCGUAUCUCCCACAAAUUCCACCCUCUUGGAAAUCCCACCUAG